CAUUGCAAAGGUGGCCAGCCGCCGUUAAACACCAUAAAGAAGAAGAAGAAGAAAGUGAUAAUUAGAAACAGGCUGACAUAGGUCUGGUUUUAUACACAUAAAAGCGACUAACCAAAUUCCACGCCAUGUUGCUAAGGAAAGCCUAAUAUGGAUGCAGUGAACUUUGUGUCCUGUGCCAUUGGGAGAUGUGUGGACGCCUGUUGCCUGCUGGUGGACCUGAUCCUCAGGAUAUUCAGCUGGCUGCUUCACCUCCUGUCCAACACAGGCUGCUCCCUCCACAGUCUGCUGGUCACCCUGAGCAGCUCCACUCUGGUUGAAUAUUGGAACCUCGCGCUCCUCUUUUUCCUCACAGUGACCGAGGUCGUCUCCAGCGCUGCCCACGGAGCCCUUCACACACUGGAGGGCUGCCUGCAGACUCUGGGUGGCGUGUUUGAGAGUUUCAAAAUGGUGGGCCACCUUUCUUGCCAUGUGGCGUGGCGCGCCAAGGAGCUGAUGCAUCGAGGGCUCAUCUCGGGGAAUUACAUCCUGAGGCAGACUUGUGAAGGACUUUGCAUCGCGCUCAGCCUCGUCCUCUACUUUGUUAACACUGUUGUCAACAUGCUGCUCAUCGGGAUGCAGAACUGUUUCUCUGUGUUUGCGGGGGCCUGGGAAGCCGUGGCGGGUCCUCUGCACAAAGCUGUGGAGCUGGCUCUCACGCUGCUAACCUUCCUGUACAGCUGUCUGGUGGGCGCCUCUGUGCUGCUGUGGACGCCCUGUCAGCUGGUGCUGGACUUCCUGGGAGCGCUCGCUCGUGUCUUCAUUACAGUCUUUGUGGUCGAUGCACACGGCCUCCUCAUCACGGUGGCGAUCAUCUCGCUGGCCUUGCUGUACCUGAACCCCAGGCUUCCUCUUGUCGUCGGGCGGCUGAGUUUGCGUUUUGUUGACAUGCUGCCGGGAGUGCGAGGGGUACAGGCAGCAGCUCAGAGGUUGCGUGUGCUGCUGCAGGAACGAGCUCUGGCCUUCCAGGAAAGCCACGCCGGCAGGCCACAGCAAGCAGACGGGACCAGGCUCCCUAACACAGACCUCAGAGCAGCCGGUACUUUGGUCAACCCCACUGACGCCUUCCUCCCACUGGCGAGUGACCUGAGUCAGCUGGACUCUCCGCAGCUCGGCCUGGCUUACCUGGAGGGCGAGUCGGCGAGUGGCAGCAGUGACCUCAGAGACAGCAGUUCCCUGGCAGCCAGGACUAGCACGUUACCGCUGAGCUCCGCUCUGGUGGGCGUGGAGGACGGCAGCAGCCCUCCAACAGACAGUCGGCUGCUCAGCCUGCUGAAGGAGCAGGAGGAGAGGAAGAAGUGUGUGAUCUGUCAGGACCGGGCCAAGACGGUCCUGCUGCUGCCUUGUCGUCACCUCUGCCUCUGUCGUCACUGCGCCGACAUCCUGACCCAGCGGCGGCCCCUCCAGCAGCGCUGCUGUCCACUCUGCCGGCAGCCAAUCACCCAGAACAUGGACGUCUUCCUUUGAUGGAGGCUCGGAUGGAUGGAUGGAUGGAUGGAUGCAUGGAGGAUGGGGGCUGUGUGUGGAAUAGUGCUUUGGAAGCCGUAAUAUUGGCCUGGAUGUUCAGAGGGUUACAUGUCCAUCAGCAAGACCAUGAAUGUCUUCCUCUGAGAUGGUGUGUGUGUGUGUGUGUGUGUGUGUGUGUGUGUGUGUGUGUGUGUGUGUGUGGAGAUGUACUUUGUGAAACACUGGAAAUGGGUUUAAAUAUGACAAAAGGGAACUUUUCUUUCCUUCUCUCUAGUCCCUUGUAGUGUUCAGACCACUAAGUGUGGUAACCUUUUCCUACUAGUAGAUGUGGACAUGCAAGGUUACAGCAAUCAGGGCACUACAGUGUUCAGAAAGGUGUGCUACAUCAGUUUUGACAGGUCUCGGUAUUUUUGAAAUUGAGCAAAAAAAAAAAAAUCUGUAAAUGAUCAAUGAUUGUCAUGAAGUUGCAGAGCUGCUGUCAUCAUGCUUAAUGAUAUUUAUUGAUGCGCAGAAUAAUGUGCAGCUACAGAGGCCUGGGCUCUAGUUAGCAGUCAUAUUGCACAGUCACUGUUAGCACACAUCAUGUUGAAGUCCAAGUAAAAAAAUCUUCACAUCGAGUUAGGAAUAUAAAAUCUAGAAAAAACAAAUUUUGAGAUGUGUAGCUACCUGUAUGAUCCUUGCACUGCAAGAACAAGAAGACAGCUGUUUUUUUUGUUUCCUCAACACUGGCACACUAACUAGUUUCCCAACACAUGAGCUUGGUAGGAAUGCACUGAUAACACUGUUGCACUGGUGACUCUAAUUCUGUUAUUCUGUAUAUUGAAAUAUCAGCCAGUUCAUGCCACUUGUGUCAUGACCCUCAUGAAUUUCUCAUCACUGGGCAGUCCUCGUUCCUUUAAUCUCUUUUUCUCAUUUGAGAGCUCUAACAUCCUCCUGUGUGUGGAAGUCAGACAAUAAAGUAGCUUUAUUUCCAUUUUGAAGUGUGCCAAAUGUGGCCAGUUGGUUUCACAACAUGCCUAUCUUGGUGGGCUUGCUCUGUUGAAUAUGUUCAUUUCAGAUUUCAAAUAUGUAUUGUACAAUGCAAAGUUUUUUUUUUUUUUUUUUUCUAUCCAAAGCAGUAUUUACAUGUUAGAUCAGGUCAAUGAAGGAAGAAACCGCAGGAAUGUGGCAUCAUUUUAGCUGUUGGUUCAAGCCAUGUUCAUUGGUGUUUAUCUUUCAGUAAUUUCUUGUGUUUCUCAGUCUUUCAGAUGUCCUUACAUGCCUAUUAUGAGAAUUUCAUAAUUGCACUAUCUGUAUUGCACUGGUUACUGUGGCUAAAUGCUGUUUUGUCAGCUUGUAGCACCAGCCUGUUCAAUAGUUUCAUAUGAAGGUAUUUAAGUUUUUAAACAUGAAAGUGGAAUCUGAGUCACGCCAAAUAGACUGUACAGUCAGUGCUGGCUUUAAGUUGUUGUUGAACAGCAGAUUGUGUGUGUUAUCAACACUAGCUGAACUCUGGUGGAAGUUUAUAUUUGACCAGUAAUGCCUGCUGAAAUUCGGGAAUCAACUUAACAUUGGUUUAUUAGCCCCAUCCCACAUAAUUUCAUCUCUAGAGUCAGAUGCCCAGUUAUUGCUAUACUGCCAUAUUUCCUGAUGUAACUUCCUGAAUCAGAGUGCAAUCAAACACACCUUUACUUCAUGGGAGCUCACUGGAGGAAUUUCCAGAGCCCUUGUGCCAAAGAUUACACAAUAUUGACAAGACGUUGGACUGAACUUUUUUGUUGUAUAUUUAUUUAUGGAUGGGUUUCUCAGCACAUGUAUUUUAUUAGUGCUGGGAAAAAUGUCAAACAGAUGAGCACUUUUAUUGAAUGAAAAAUAUUCACCUCUUUUGGUGGGCAGCUAAAAUCUACGCUGUUCUAAACUUGUUUUGUCUCCUUCUGUGGCAAAGCUGCCCAAAAACAUUUGCUGCGUA